AUGAACGCAAAACUCGCAGCUUCGGCACUCAUCGUGUCUUUUGUUCAAGCCAAUAUCCUUCCACGUGCCGAACCGCUACGGACCUUCAUUGUCCCUUUGCCCACGCAGGCGCAGCCAUUCACUUCCACAGUACGAGGAUGCAGUGAUGUACCGCCUUUUGCUGUUGUUGGUGUUCCAACGGGAACUUUCCGACCUGAGACUAUUACAAUCUAUGGUCCCCCCCAAGCAGACCCAACCUCGACCACGAUUAUUGACCCAGCCUCCAACGCCACCGAAGUCAUUAUCAUCACUCGAUUGCAAGGAGAAUGUGCUUCAUUCCCACUUCCAGAACCUACUCCAACUCCCCCCAAACUCACCGGCAAUCCCACUGGAGGCGCGCCCACAGGAACACCAACUCCAAGCGCAGAAGCCUGCCCGGAGAAUGGAUGCCAGGCCAAAGUAAUUAGAGCCGCCCAGAGCGUCAUCGACGCCAUCAACAAAGUGACUCUACUCUCUCAGGAUCUCCAAGCUGCAGCCAGGAAGAUAGGAGACCCUGUUUCGAAGCGAGACCUCGCAGCUGCACAAGCGCCAUUUGAUGAUGUCGCUCGUGGCCUUAGAGGCAUCUCGGUCACCUUGUCCGUCUCACUGCCGCGCCUCACAGUCUUGCCUCCCUUUCCUCCAGGGUGCGAUACCGACGCCAUUGUAAUCGCUUUGAUCCAGUUUGUGCGGGUGCAUCAAGCGCUGUUGAACAUUAUCAUUGGUCGCCGAGGCGUACUGGAGAACAGCCCCAUCAGGAGAGACACAAUCGAGGAUGCUGUACUAAGGCGUGAACCCGUGGAUCUUGAGACAGGUGGAGAGGCUGCGAUCAUUGGACCGGCUAUCGCAGCAGGUCUACGUGCGGUCGAAGGUGUUGUCGACACACUGGCUUUCCAGAUCUUGAGGCUUGUUCCUACUCGCUCGGAGUGUGCGAAGCAGCAGAAGGAAGCCAUUGACGGAUCUCUUUCAGAGGCUAUCACUCAGUACGAGAGUUAGAAUGUUCUGAUGGUACGAUACGCCAUUGGCGUAGGCGGUUCAGUCUGGAAAGAAAGAUUGGUUUUUUGCUGAAAG